UUUCCUUUCAGUUUCCGCCAUGACUUCGCCGCGCCCCGCAACGAGCUCGAACCCCUUGUCGUCGUCCACCGCCGCAAUGGCCCGUGUCGAUACCCAGACCACCGUCCUUGACACAGCCCAUGGUCGAAUUCUCUGCAUUGCAGACAUUCGGGGCCGUCUUUCGGCCCUCAAUGAUCUUGCUCGCGAGAAUCAGGCCAUUGCCAUCAUCCACAGUGGCGACUUUGGUUUCUUUGAGGCCACAAGUCUCGACAGGAUCAAUGAUAGGACACUGCGGCAUCUUACUACCUACUCUCCUCUGAUUCCCGCUCCCCAGCGAAGCCAUUUAACCAACAAUAACAACCCACCAUCUCUUCUUCGUUCGACAGUCACCGUGUCACUCCUCUCGGAAUUCCCUCUUCUACUUUCCGGUCAAAUACAGCUCUCAGUCCCUGUAUAUACCACUUGGGGUGCAUGUGAGGAUGUGCUUGUACUCGAAAAGAUUCGUCUUGGCACCUAUUCCGUCCCCAACCUACAUGUACUUGACGAGGCCACCACCCGUUGCAUUGACGUAGGCGGCGUCAAGCUACGUCUUCUUGCGCUCGGUGGUGCUCUUGUGCCGCACAAAAUGUUCGAUAAUGGGGAUGGAAAUGCUACUAUUGCAGGUGGACAGGGUACGAUGUGGACAACAGCUCUGCAAAUCGGACAGCUUGUUGACACAGCCCAGCGCGUAUUCGACACGACAGAAACUCGUCUGCUCGUUUCUCACGCGAGUCCCGGGCGUGAAGGCGUCCUCGCUCAGCUGGCCCUCGUCCUCAGAGCAGAUCUAACCAUCUCUGCCGGACUGCACUUCCGUUACGCCUCUUCUUAUAACGAGUUCAGCAUCCAGCCAGACUUUGAAGCUUUUCGGCACAAGCUAAUAAGUGGCAAGGAACAGUUCGACAAAGUCUGGGAGAGUGUCAAGACACAGGUUGACCUUGUCAUUGAUGACAACCAACGUGUUCUUCUAGAUAAGGCCCUUAGCGUCGUGGAGAAGAUCCCGCCCCCACUCCAGGCCGCUGAAGAGGCCGCCUGGAAGAACUGUUGGAAUUGGAAUUUGUGCGAUGCCGCCUACGGUGCCUUGAUCCUGGACAUCAAGGACGGCCGGGUCAGUGCAGAGUUGAAGAGCCAAGGUUUCAACUAUGCAUAUAGACGCGUUGCGCCUACGCCUACGUCUGCUGUAUCUUCCCUUCCUCACCCUAACCCUGUCAGCAGCCAGCCGCCGACGAAAGCAGCAACACCUGUUCCACCUGCAAAUAAACCCACUCCACCUCUACCUCAGCCCCAGUCUCAAGCCAAAGAUGAGGCUGAGGCGGCACCGAGGGUGACAGCUAGUUCAGCGACCGACUCAAAACCAGACAAAAAGAAGAAGGAGAAACGAAAGGACAAAGAAAAGGAAAGAGACAAGUCUUCCGCUACAUCUCCUAUUCCAGCAUCCCCUGCACCACUAGCUAAAAUAACGUCUCCGGCACCUCCCAAACCUUCAACACCUGCACCGAAUGAUGAUGUCGUCAAGUCCCCUGUGACAGAGUCCUCAGGUGUUCGUACGCCGCAACGAAACAAGCCUCAACGCAACCCCUGGACAAUAUUCAUGCGCUUUACCGUACCUGCUAGUGAGGCCGAAGUGAGAGACUUCUUUGGUGAUGCUAAAGACGGCAUCACUCGCUUGACAUUUCCAGUGGUCAAGUUUAACAAUAGGAUGCAAAAGAUUGCCUAUAUUGAGUUUGGAGACGAGGAAGCUAUGAAGGCAGGCCUAGAGAAGCAUGCGGAGAAACUGAACGAUUCCAUACCUGAGGUUAAGCAGGCAACGGACAGAGAGACACGUCACAGCGAGAACGCGCCUCAUCGGGGACGAGGAGGCGGUGGACGAGGCAGAGGUGGAGGCUUCGCAGCUCGAGGCUUCGCAGCUGCUGGGCUGACCAGACGCGACAGUGAGAAGAAGACAGAGGAUAAAGCGGAGUAAGGGUCACCCCAUUUAUUAUUUGUUUAUUUCGUCGGAUACUCUCGUUCUACUGUACUUGUUUUGUUCCAUCGUAUAAUGUCUCUUAUGUCCAUACUGUUCUUUGGAUUCGCCUGAUACCUGGUUUCAUACGUUUUCUUUGGGAUCAUAAUCAUUCCUAUAUAUACAGUAAGUAGUUUUCUUUUUGAUGUUGUCGUUUCGAGCCUGCAUGCUAAAGUAUGGUGUUAUGCAACGUGGACUUUUUCUGUGGG